GCAGCCAUUUGACAUGCGAAAACCGACGUCGUCUUGUUCGCCGUUCGCUCUUGUAUGCGCUCUGUGUGAAUCUACUGCGAGGAGUGGCUGUCACUUUUUUUGUCGUCGCUUACGUUUUCUCUGUGAUUCUGUGGUUUUCUAUCGUCCGCAGCCGUGACCCUUUUCCGAGCACUCGAGUGCCGUAGACGCUUGUAGAAUUAUCGCGAAAUCCUGAAAAUCCGCUGUGCGAAUUAGGUCAUUUCGGGUCGUCAUCAUUUCAGUAGUUCAGUUGCCCGAGGCGAGCCGCCGCUAAUUUCCUGUGUUUCUCGCGUAGAGUUAGUGUUUCCGGGCGAAAAGGAGAGUUGGAACGUUCUGCAAUCGAGCCGGCCUUGUAACCACGUACGUGAACUAGGAGAUCCUCCGGAAAGACUUUUUCCGAGCUGUACUUUGCGGUGUCCGCGAGUGCCUGUGUCUAGCGAAGGAAGGGAACGUCGUCAUCCUCUGGGAAAAUGUCAUCGUCUGGCGAUUUCGGGAAUCCGCUUAGGAAAUUUAAAUUGGUUUUUCUCGGCGAGCAGAGCGUUGGGAAAACAUCAUUAAUCACAAGAUUUAUGUACGAUAGUUUCGAUAACACGUAUCAGGCUACAAUAGGUAUAGAUUUUCUCUCAAAAACCAUGUACUUAGAAGAUCGAACAGUGCGACUUCAAUUAUGGGAUACUGCCGGUCAGGAACGAUUUCGUUCACUGAUUCCUUCAUAUAUUCGUGAUUCAACAGUGGCUGUUGUUGUUUAUGAUAUUACAAAUGCAAAUUCAUUCCAUCAAACAUCGAAAUGGAUCGAUGAUGUUCGAACAGAACGUGGUAGUGAUGUUAUUAUAAUGUUAGUUGGUAAUAAAACUGAUUUAUCAGAUAAGCGGCAAGUAUCAACGGAGGAAGGGGAACGUAAAGCGAAAGAACUUAAUGUUAUGUUUAUAGAAACAAGUGCUAAAGCUGGUUAUAAUGUUAAACAGUUGUUCCGAAGGGUAGCAGCUGCCCUACCCGGCAUGGACUCCACAGAGAAUAAACCACCGGAAGACACUGUCGACCUACAAACUCAACCAUCGUGCUCAGGACAACAACAGGACUCGGAAGGAGGAUGCAUGUGCUAAGAUGGCCUUCAAAUAUCCAUAUAAACAUUCUUUCUCGCUGUUAUCUAAGGCUCUUAAAAACAAAUCAUUUUCUAGAAGCUUCAUUCGUUGUCCUCAUUUCUUCCCAGGUGUCUGAUUAUGAAAAUUGUAUUUGUGUAUGCAUAUUUGUUUAAGUAUUUUAGACUAUAUUAAGAUUUAUAUAAAAAAGAACAUUCUAAACAAUGAGUUAUGUAACUAGCGUCGAGCGUGGGCUUCUACAGUUCGGGUCCCGAGGAGCGUAGGUCAGUAACAAUACGAUGUAGUCAGAGAAGCGUAGAUAUUUCAAACAACAUCCAAACUGUGGAAGCCCACCCUCAAACCUUAACUUGCGUCUACUGACUCCUUUGAUUUUUACAAGCGUUUUCCAAUCCAGUAUGAACUUAUUGCAUUUACAAAAAUACGCAAAACCAUUUCCAGUUUAGAAGUGUGAAUUUCAAUAAAACAAAAACAGCAACAAAAGCGAACAAUCUUGUAAAUGUGUUUUUAGUAUGUAUAUUUCACGCUGUGCUAGCCCGACUAAAGCAAACACACAAUUGAGGGAAGAGAAUAAAUUUAGAAGAAUUAAAUAACAACAAUUAAUCAUAGUAGCAUUCAUCAUGAUAAAUCUUAGCUCGUUUUUAGUUAUCACACGAUAUCACACAAUGCACGCAACGUAUAGAGUUAAUUACCAUUAAAAUCACAUCAGUUUUGUUGAAUUUAUACCGAAUAUACAUGCAUGUAUAUGUUUAUCAAUUAAAUAUGAACGUAUUUAGCUUUUUUGCUAACGAUGCAACAGAAAAUAAUCGAAACAAUUUAAAUCGAAAUAUAACAAAGAAAAAAAUUUAAAAAGUUGGUCGAAUGCGCUGUAGCCUGUGGAUGAAAGGUUCAGAGAAGAUGAGAAGAGAAAUUUUCAUAAAACAAUACAGGAAUAAUAAUUAAAUUGAAUAUUUGAAGUUUAUGAGAAAAUCUUUUAACUAGAAAAAUAAUUAUAUGAAAAUUAUUCUCAAUGAAAUAUUUAUAUUGAGGGGUCGAGAUAACUUUCCUAAUUUUCUUUCGUUUCUUCCUUUACGUUUGCAACUAAGGUCAGCUCUCUCUCAACUACCGGACAGUAACAACACCCUUACCCGUUUUAUGUCGAAACGUAUUACAGUUUAAGUCAUCGCAAAGUGCUAUAUUGCAUGAUAUGUUUAGCACAAGCUCAUUCUCCACCUCUGACCUUCACUUAUUGCCGCUGGAGUUAAAUGCCUUGUAUCAGGGAAUUCAACCCAUCUCAAUCAAUUCUCCAAAUGUCCGGCACUACAAUUCCAUCAAAUAUGUAGGCUUUCAUCGCGCAUAAAUCACAGUCGGUAAAUCGGUAAAAUGGCCAAAUUUUAGACAGUCCUUUUUGCUAGUUGCCUUUCUGAAUAAUAAUAGUCAUUGGGGCAACAAACAAUCCAUAUUGGAUCAGGGCCUUGAAGUGUGUUAGAGCAGGAGAGCAUGUAGGAAGCAAUGUGGUCAGCAUUGCGCUUGCCC